AUGGCCUCACCGCCGCGACAUCCGUUUUGGAGGCUUGUGUUGAAGCGAUGCUUCGAAGCUCCCGGACAGCAUCGCUGGGAUGACGCAAAGGGCGGCACCGGGCCCCGGCUUCUCAGCACGCUGCUGCAGGAGGCCAAUGUAAGCAGGAUGGUGCACGUGCUACCCUGUCGCCUCUUCCAGCGAGGCAUCCAGGGCGAUGGGGCGAUGCAGUCUUGCGGUCACAUUGCCGAUGCCUUCGCCCGAGGGCAGCGUGGCAUCCACUGGAGCACCACGUCGCACACUGCCUUCGUCGGAUCGGCGCUCCGUGCCGAUGCUUUCUACACCUUGCACCCAGAACUCCGAGGUCGUCCCUUGUUUCGGGAGCCGGCGGUUCAUGAAGUUGCUGCCCACAGCGCUCAGGCCCUCACGGUGGCCCGGCCGCCAGCACAGGCCCAGCUGCUGCUGGCCGCCUGCCUGCGUGGUGCAGGGCUGGAGACUGCUUCCGCAGCCGAAGUGUCCAGACCAUCUACCUUUGAGGGCAAAGAGGAGGACGAUCACAGGCGCCCUGCGUGGUCUUUAGAUGAUUAG